CGUCGAUGGAGUUCGUGGAGGUCGUCUCCCUGCUCUUGCGUAAGCUGGUCAAACUCUGCUUGCUGAUCCUCCGUGAGGUCGUCGAUGGAGUUCAUGGAGGUACGCCAGUGCUGUUGCUGCGUGGAGAUUGUCGUGCCGCAUCUGCUGGGAGCCGGGUCACUGCUACUGCUGUGAGAAGGAAAAAGGAGCCUCCUCUGCCGAUAGAAAUCCAGCUUGGAUCCAACUCGCUCGAGCUUACGCCCCAAGGCUGGAAGCUAGAUUCUCGGGAACUCGCCACCGCUCAAGGGGAGUGUAAACGAUUGGAGAAGGAAGUCAUGGGGCUCCGGAGAGAUUUAGAGAAUUGCCGGAAAGACGCGAAGCGAUUGGCAGAGCAAGAGAACAUGGCUACCUUUCAAAACCAGCUGCUUAUCGACAUGCUCGCUGUUGCACGUGCGGAUCAGGGAAUUUUCAGGACAAAACUUGAGCAGGAGAGCGCUCGACACGCGGUGCUUUCCCGAAGUUUGGAGCAAGCGUACACCAAGCUUCUUGCGGCGGGACUCGACCCAGGAGUGUCAGACGCGCCUUGA